UCGUCCGACCAUGUCUUGAUAUCCGACGACGUGUUUGCUUACGGCCGCUCAAGCAAGGCGGUGGCGCCAUCGCACUCACAGCCGCCACGAUGAUUGUUGUCGAGAACGGAACGUUCCUCGCCGAUGUCAGUGGUACGGACGGCGGUGCGAUUUAUGCCGACUCCAAUUCGGCCGUCGCCAUCUCCGACUCGCAGUUUGCAUCGUGUGUCGCCUACCGUCACGGCGGCAGCAUCUACGUCACAUCGAGCACCGUUGUCAUUGAUAACGUCACCAUGACCAACAGCACGGCAUUCCAGUACGGUGGCGGGCUCGUGCUGCAGUCGCAGAGCACAACGAUUCAUUUGACCAAUGUCAAUAUCACCGCCUCGUCGGCGACGAAAGGCGGUGCUAUCUACCUCAUCGACUGCACCUUCCAGGCCGGCGACAUUGUCAACGUCUUGAUUGCCAACACGACGGCGAGUACGAUGGGCGGCGCCAUGUACCUCGUGCUCGUUACCAUGACUGUUGACUACCUACACACGGAGGCCACGACGUCCAGUAGCGGUGGCAUGAUGGCGCUCGAAGAUUCCAUCGUCGUCGUAACCAACGCCAACGUCACGAAUGCUGUCGCAGCCAAGAACGGGGGCGCUUUCUACUGCAUCAUCUCGAGCCUCGUGCUUCAGGCGUCGACGGUCAGUCACCACACGGCGGGUGCCAAUGGUGGCGCGAUCUACGGCUUUUCAAGCAUAUUGACACUACAAGACUCGCACCUCGUCCGAAACACGGCGGCCGGCGGUGGCGCCGUCGCGGUCGCCUCGUCGACCGUCAGCACGCUCCGCGUGCAUCUCGCCUACAAUCGUGCCAUCACAGGCGGCGCCUUCAGUGCCGACCUCUCGGACAUCACGCUGGAUACGUCCGUGCUGCAUGGCAACACCGCAUCGGGUCUCGGAGGCGCACUUGUCAUCUCGUUCAAUUCGCUCACGGUGUUGUACUCGGUGCUGCGUGGAAAUGUGGCGGCCAUCGGCGGGGCCAUUGCCAUCUCGGAUCUUGCAACCUUCACGCUGCACUCGAGCGUCUUUCAAAACAACUCGGUUUUUCUCACGCCCGGUGGCGUUGCUCAAGGCGGCGCGAUCAGCAUCGCAACGAUCUCGAACGCGUCGUUUAUGACCAACUGCACCUUUCUCGAGAACCGUGCCGGAGGCGCCACCGGUGGCGCGGUCUAUGCUUCCAUGGGCACUACGUCGACACCGCCGAGCAUCCACAUCACUGCGUCCGUCUUUGUCAAUAGCAGCAGCGGCUACGGCGGUGCCCUCUACCUCGAAAACGCACCCUGCGUCUUCUCCAACUCGCGUUGGAGCAACAACGAUGCAAGAACCGGUGGCGGCGGUGGCAUCUACUGGACCGGUGUCGAGCCACUGGGGUUGACCACCCAGACGUUUGCCAACAACAGUGCUGUGUAUGGCCCUGACGUGGCGUCAUUACCGUACGCUCUGCAGCCUCGGUACACGCCCCCAGCGUCGAAUGGCAUCGUGUACGGGGAAGCGAGUGGGCAAAAUUUUGCCGGAGCGUUUGUUGUGCAUGUUGUUGAUCAGUAUCUGCAGACGGUUGCGACGGACAGCAAGACACAAGUCACGCUCGUGAGUCUGACCACCUCGGCGUUUAUUGUCGGAGCGGGCAAGGCCAUGGCGGUGCGCGGCAUUUGCAAUUUCUCCACCUCGGGGGUCCAGUUUACACCAGGCCUCAACGUGACAUUGGCGGUCACUGGUGGCGAUCUUGUGCCGCUACACACCGUUGCUGUGCAUCUUCGGGGGUGCGUUCGCGGUGAAGUGCUUCCACACGGCGUUGCGCAGUGCGUCAAAUGUCCCAUGGGGCAGUUUAGCUGGAACGCCAGCGAAAGCGUCUGCCACGCGUGUCCAGUCGGUGCGCUCUGCGGCGGCGGGGACAGCAUUCAGGCCACGGAUGGCUACUGGCGGUUUCCCAAUUCGACUGGCGUCUGCACAUCAGGUCGCUACGACGGGUGUCGGCUCAAUGAGUGCCUGGCGUCUGCGUGCAACGGGCUUCUCCUUGGCAACGACUUGGCGUCGGUCGUUGUGGACACGGGCGUCAACGGUACCAUGGGUCUCCUCCUCCCUUCCAAUAGCUCGGGCUACGGUCCCAACGAUACGCUGUACGUCCAAGGCGCCACAUACACGGUGGUGGCGUCAUCCAGUGUGUCUUCGUCGUCAAGUGAGCUCCAGCUACUCGUUACGGGGAGUACACCACUGCCCAAUACAGGUGCCGUGGCCAUCUACAAGGUGCAGCCAGAGACGUGCAAGCGGGGCUUUACCGGCCAUCUCUGUUUUCAAUGUGCCCACGGCUACACGCGCAGUGGCAAGACCGAGUGCGUCGAGUGCCCGAGCGACUAUACUCUGACGGUCUUGGUGCUGAUUGGUGGCAUCGUUGCGUGCAUCGUCUACGCCGUCGUGCUUAUUCAAAUGACCAUCAACAAGUCGCGCACCAAGGCCGACUUGUUCUCGAUCAUCACCAAGAUCUUUACCUCCUACAUGCAGCUCGUAAGCCUGGCCGGGUCGUUUGACUUGCAGUGGCCCGCGGUCGUUUCGUCCAUGUUCAACACGCAGAGCGCCAUGUCCAACCCUGCCGACAAGCUCAUCUCGAUCAACUGCCUCAUGAACCACUACAAGACGCCGUCGUCGGCUUCGUCGUCCGCAGGCCUCUCGUCGUACCACGAACAGCUCAUCUUGUACCUUUGCUUGCCGCUGCUCUGUGUCGUCAUUCCGAUUGUGUACUGGAAGCUCAAGUUUCGCUUUACUCGGCAGCGCAUCCAGCGGAAAGCGUGGCCACCGCUACUGCAAGCGACGCUCGGUCGCGGUACGGGGGCCGACGUACUCGUUCUCGACGCUGAAAUUGAAGAUAUUUUGCGCGCCGUCGGCGAAGACCCGACCGACAUUGUCCUUUUGGGCACACGCUCAAUAGGAAAGCUCGUUGACGGACCACAACCGCUCAGUACCGUCAAGGCCGCGUAUCUCGACGCCGUGCGCAGCGAGAUCCACGACAAGUCGGUGCUCUCGAUCAUCGUGCUCAUGUUCCUCAUCCACCCGGGCGUCACGAAGCAGAUCUUCCAGCUCUUUUCCUGCUCUGAGCUCGGCAUGGACGAGCAUGGCGUCGCCAUGGCGUUUCUGGACGCCGACCUCGACAUCCCGUGCUACGAUGCAAGCCACUUCAAGUGGAUGCUAGGCGUCGGUCUACCAAGCGUUUUGUGCAUUACGUUUGGCAUCCCCGGCUUUGCCUAUGGCGUCCUUCGUGCACGUCGGGCGACGCUGGACGACCCGCGCACGCAACUGCAAUUUGGAUUUCUCUACGAUGGGUACAAGCUGGCGCACUACUACUGGGAAAUCUGGAUCAUGAUGCGCAAGGUGCUUGUGAGCAUGGUCUCGGUCUUUCUCAAGUCGUGGGGCACGGGGCCGCAGUCGCUCGGCGCGACGGGCCUGAUUUUCGUGGCGUUGUACAUCCACAUGGAGGCGACGCCGUACGAGCUCGAUGUGGUCAACAACCUCGAACAAACGUCGCUGCUCACGUGUCUCUUCACCAUGUACUUUGGCCUCUACCUCUUCCAGCCCCAGCUUACGGGUGGCACACGGGUCGCCAUCGGGACUGCCAUUGUCGUUGCCAACAGCGUCUUUAUGGUCAAAUUUGCACGACUCAUGCUCCUCGAGCUCAAGAAGAAGGCACUCGACGGCCUCGCCAAAGUCGCUCAAAACAAACGUGUGAGUGUCGUGCUGCAAAAGUUUCGCCGGACUUCGUCGGUCGACGCCAACGCGGUCGUGACACCCUCCGAUGUGCAUUUACAAGACGGCAGCAAGAACAGCGAUAAUGAUGACGACGACGAGGAUAUAAGCCGCGACGAGAGGGACCGUGUGGAAGCACGUAAUGCUACAUAGAAUCGGAAACGCUUAUGUCGAAUUAACCUUCGAGUGCCUCUUCCUUGUCCAA